AUGGCAGCGCGACCAGGAAUAUCCACGGCGAUGUGCGGCGUGGUGCUUGUAGAGAUGAAGCCCUACAUUAUUACAAGGCCUUGCGCAGCCGACCCGGAGCUCUCAAGGCUUAUAUACCGGCAUGUUGCAGCUCACGAUCCGGAAUCUGUCUUCGAAGGACUGAACGUAUCAGCAGAGACUUUCUACAGCUGCCAGGCGCGUGAAGAUCAGCUGUUUCGGGAUGAAAACGAGAACCUUUUGGAAACGCUGCUGCUUUGCGGCGCCCAAACAAUGGAAAUGGAAACCCAUCAGCUUCUCCACUUAGCAUCCAGAAGAGUGGAGCUCAUGAAGGCAGCAGCAGUCCACAUUGGAGUGACCAGCCGAACAAACGACCAGUUUAUGCAUCCUAUCACUCCUGCCCAGUUGAACGAGCUUGUAGCCGUAGCGGGAAAAGCCUGUCUGGACGCUCUCGUUGACGUAGCGAUAUGA